AUGGCUUACGACUGGGCAUUGCCGCAGCUGCGACGAGUUCUGCCUUUGGACGACGGCGAACUUUUGCAGAUCCUCGCCCAUGCCGCCGAUCUUCCGGAUGCAAAGGCUGCGGAAUAUUUACAAAGCAUACUAGGCAAAUCUCCAGAAUCUAUAGAGUUUAUUCUUUUGUUUGCAGGUCGUCGCGCAGAGCUAUCAGACCCCCAAGCCAGAAACCUUGGCGAUAUAUCUUCCUCGACGGCAUGCAAGGACACUAUUCACGGGGUUACAGAUGCGCGACAUGCACAGCUGCUAGAUAACAGGUCACCAUCUAGAAGCGGUUCGCGCAUGCUCGCUACGAGCCACUACACCAACGCAGUGAUCGAGGCUGGCAAGUGGCGUGCGAGAGACGAGCAAGAGAUGCAGCAAAGACUUCAGGAUCUUCGUUACCAAUAUCGUAUUUAUAAUAGUGAUAUCGAACCAGAGCACGAAGCAGAUUAUUGGUGCUCUUGUCCCAUCCAUCAGUACCAGCAACGUAAAUGGAGUCGGCGAGGAGUGCAGGAAUUGUGGUCGAAAGCGGUCAUGUAUCCAGGGGAGAGACAUUACAACGACCUCCAAAACGGUUUCGGCUUCUUUAGUAACCCAUACACCUUUCGCGUGGUUUCGCCAUACGGAUAUGGACAGCAAGGUUUCUGGGCCAUGCAAAGGCCCGUUCCAUUUUAUCACGCGAGAGCGAUUCGGGAAACAAUUUCCUUGAAUGCGCAACUGAAUGCCGAGGCUCAGAGUAAGGUUGAUUCUCAAGAGCCGAAACACAGCAUCUGGGAAGAAGAUGCUAUAUCUGACGCCAUGGCAGACAUGGGAUUUAUUGACAAACCGCCAGUCAAUGUUGAGAAAAAGACUUCAAUUGAGAAGGCAGCAGCGCAAGCCCCUGAAAAAAAACGACACGGCCGCUUUCCCUCUUCUAAAAGCUUCAACCUAGGGCUUAAAAAUCUCAAACGAGCUGUUAGUAUAAAGUCCUCCGAACAAAAGGCCAUCGAAAACGCCAUGGGCCUUCGAGAGGCAAUCAUCGCAGAAGAGUACGGGCGAUGGCCCGACGAGCAGUGGCGUCUGAUUGUGAGGGCAUACCAAGAGAAAGUAGGCAUGGCUACGAAGAUAGCUGAUCUUCGAGCUCACCGGCCUCUUCAGUAUUUGCACUUGCUCAGAGCAGGCUAUUUUGAGCCAAUUCCUGCGGCAUGGGCAAACCAAGCAUCAAACCCAUUGAAAUUCAAUAUCGAAGCAGCAUCUGGGUGGAGAGGUAUCACCCCAACUUGGCGUGGUUUCGAGGAUAUCGCAGAAGAACGUUUGUACUGGGUACUCAACCAUCGAGAUGGCAGUGCGGGUGUGCGAAUGAAACCCGACUUCAUCUCCGAGAUGAACAUGGCCCAGGCCAGAAUGGCCAAUGCAGUCGAACCCCCGCCAUUGUACUAUUCAGCCACCGAUACCUGUCGACUACAGCACACGUCAGAAUCAUACAGCAAGCAGGUCAUGCCAGCUCCAUUUCGACCGCAUGAUAGUCCUGAAAUGCCUACCGAUGACACGAUGAUUCUCUUAGACGUCUCUGGGUCUAUGGUCUUUGAUCCUGUUCGACCGGUCUAUGACCAAUACCUUAUUACCAACUACGUGAGAUCGUCUCAGCCCAAAAAUGGAGACGUUGCGAAGGCUAUCAUUCGGCGGUUUGCUGAUGCGAUGGCGAAUCAUGAUCAUCAAUACGAUGGCUACGACUUAGUCACUUUUGCCAACGAGUCCCAUCACAUUGGUAAAAUCAGCAACAAGAAUUUCGAUGCAAUGUGGUGCAACAAUGUAUGCUUCGGCGGGGGAACCCGAGUUAUGACGGGGUGGCAGAAGGUCAAGGAACUUCAUUUUCAAAAGCAUUCACAGUCGGCGACCCACCACCCUAUCUAUGGAUGGCAAGCAGGACCCAGCACUCCCAUACUCCGGCUGUUGCUUUUGCUAGAUGGAGAAGCUACUGACAUGGAUGAGUUUGAGCUGGAUCUCCUGGGCCUCUCCUGGGCCCAUAUAACCAUCUUUCUCAUAGGAGUUGAUGGAUGCCCUCAUCAUCACCGGCAUGCGAAUGAAUUACAGCGAAUAAGCGACUUCAAUCACCAUGUUUCCUUCGUCGAUGCACAGGGGAACUGUCCCGAACGAUUUGUCACGCAUGAAUUGCUCAAACGCCAUCUGGGUUACGACAUGUCAAUGAAAGAAUUUGAGAGAAUGGAGGAUCUUCCUCCGUAUUCCGAACAGUGA